AUGCUCUUCGAAACAUACGCCAUCCUGGCCUGCAUGGCUCCUACCGCCUUUGCCAUCAAAGUCCGCUUCUACCGGGGCACCGGCUGCAGUGGCAGCGAAAUCGGCAACGGGUCACAGGAUGCGCCUCCCCAAACAUGCCUCGCAGUAUCCACUACCGGCAGCUUCCGCGUCACCAACGUCCCGUCAAAUAAGAAAGUCAGAGUCCAAGGAUCCAAGAGAGCCUGCCAAGGAGACCCCGCCGGCGAAUGGAUUAGCAACGGCCGCACGGAGGUGUGUUUCAGUACGGUCCAAUAUCGUGGCGCCGCCUACGACAUCCUGUAA